GGCUUUCCUAGAGCGAAGCUCUUCCCAGCGAAAUGAAUCGUUCAUUCUUCAGCGAUUUAGGGCAAUUGGUCAGAACCACCCGCGUGCGCUGACCCCCCCAUAGCACGCGGCUCCAUGGACAUCCUGAACCCGAGUACCUCGCCGUAACAGCAUCCCCGAGACCUCACAAUACGCACCUCACGCCUCGCGCCUCACCAAGCCGCCCGCCUGUACCAAAAAUGCCGUCCUCCACCAAAACGCGACAUGCGCCCCCUUCCGAACAAGCCCCCGACCUCUCCAUUACCGCUGACGACCAGGUCUACCUGCACGCCGCCGGCUACGAUGAAUCCCCCGAGCGCGGGCUCAUACACAGCAUGCGGCGCUUCCGCUCCUCGCCGCUCGACUUCAUCCGCGAAGUAUCGCUGCACGUCUCCGGCACGGGUUGGCGCUCGUAUGACAACAUUGUCGGGCAGCCUAUAUUCUACUCGGGCUUCAGCGAGGAGAUGAAAGCCAAGGUCCUAUUAAACAACAUGCUGGUCAGCAAGGUGCGCGAGCUGGCGAGUAAGAGAGUGGAAGUGGAGGCUAAGGAAGGGCUGUUGGGUGGGGAGGAGCAGGUGGGGGAGAAGGAUAAGAGGAGGAAGCGCAGGGCGCAGAUCGAGGAGAGCUUGAUGGAGGUUAGCGAGACAUUGACGGAUCAGAUGAUUUGCAAGAUGGAAAGUAGGCGAUUUAUACGGGGCGCUUAUUAUCUAACGACGCAGCUUUUGACGCGCGCGUAUCACCAAGGUGUCCAUGUUUCGAGCGAGGAGGUGCUGAGGCUAAGAGGGGUGGCGGAAAAGGCGGCGAGGGAUAAGCACAGCAUUAUCUUCCUACCAUGCCAUCGGUCCCAUGUCGAUUACGUCUCGCUCCAGAUUAUUUGCUAUCGGCUGGGUUUGGCGCUGCCUACGGUUGUGGCGGGGGAUAACCUCAAUUUCCCGGUUGUGGGGGCAUUCUUGCAGCAUGCGGGCGCUAUGUGGAUAAGACGGAGCUUUGGGGAGGACCAGCUGUACCAGACACUGGUGCAAGCGUAUAUCGAUACGUUGCUCCAGAACGGAUAUAAUCUGGAGUGCUUUGUGGAAGGAGGCAGGAGUAGGACGGGCAAGCUAUUACCGCCGAAGUUUGGUAUAUUAAGCUAUAUGCUGGAUAGUAUUGCGAGUGGCAGGGUGGACGAUGCGAUUAUCUGCCCGGUGUCGACGCAGUACGACAAAGUCAUUGAAGUGGACUCAUACAUCAGCGAACUCCUCGGCCAGCCGAAGCCUAAGGAGAACCUCAUGGACUUCCUCUCCGCAUCCUCUGUCCUCUCCCUCAAGCUCGGCCGCGUAGAUGUCCGGUUCCACGAGCCAUGGUCUCUCCGCAAAUUCAUCAACGAACAGCAAGACCGCUUCAGCAAGCUGCCACAAAAGUUGGAUCUCAAAGACGAACGACUGCGUCUUUUAAGGACCCUGGGCUACAAAGUACUCAGCGAGAUCAACGAAGUUUCCGUUGUUAUGCCCACAGCGCUAGUAGGAACGGUUCUGCUGACGCUAAGAGGGAGAGGCGUCGGCAAGUCGGAGUUGAUUAGGAGAGUUGAAUGGCUCAGUGGGCGUGUAAGAGCCCAGGGAGGGAGAGUAGCGCACUUUGCCAGUCUGCCGACUAGCGUAGUGGUGGAAAGGGCUCUGGAAGUCCUGGGUCCGGGCCUUGUGGGCCUCGUCCCAGGUUUACCAGAAGAGACCUUCUACGCCGUGGACAGAUUCCAGCUCUCCUUCUACCGCAACAUGACCAUCCACCUCUUCAUCCUCCAAUCCCUCGUCUCCGCCUCCAUGUACACCAAAGUCAAGCUCGGCGGUGGCCCCGAAUUCCAACGCAUCUCGUACGCUGAUCUCCGCGACCAAGUCUACUUCCUCUCGCAGCUCUUCCGCGGCGAAUUCAUCUUCCCGACCGAGGGUCUCGACGUCAAUCUCGCCAGCACUAUCGCCUCCCUCGAAUCCGACAACGUCAUUAAAGUAACCCGCAAUCCGGAAACGCAGGCCGUCGAGUUUGUCGAGCUGAGCGACGCGGAGAGGGAAACGGGACGCGAGAACUUCGACUUUUAUUGCUUUUUGAUAUGGCCGUUUAUUGAGGCGGCGUGGCUGGGUGCGAUUAGCUUGAUGAUGUUGACCCCGCCCGUAGCAUAUGGGGGCAAGGAGGCAACGUGGCUGGAUUUGAAGAAGGUACAGGAUCGCGCGCAAUUGCUCGGGAAGACGCUGUAUCACCAGGGCGACCUGUCCUACUUCGAAGCCGUCAACAAGGAAACGCUGAAAAACACAUACCAGCGCCUGGAAGACGAAGGCAUCAUCCUCGUCAUGCGCUCUAAGGACUCUAAAGUCUCCUCCACGAUCCGGCUAGCGGAUGAAUGGGUGCCCUCGCGGGACACGAAGAAGGCAGGCAUUAUAGCGCAGGGUCCGCUGUGGAUGUUCGCGGAGAGGAUCAGUCUGAGUAGGAGGGAGGGGAAGAAUCGCAGGGAUGGCAUGACGGUGCAGAGUAGGGUGCUGAACUUGGCGGAUAUCGUGGGCAGGGAGCUGUGGGAGGAGGCGAGAGUUGAGAGGGCGGGGGACGAGGAGGAUGAGCGGGCCGUUGUGGCUAAGGCGAAGGGGAGGGGAAGGAGGAAGAGGUUAGAGGUGCCUGCGAAGCUGUAACUGGAGCUGUGGGUCGUCUGAAGCUACGAAUGGUGGAUGUAUAGGUACUGUAUAUAACAGAACAGACAUGCAGUUGAUGAAGGGGCAUGAGGAAUCUGAAC